AUGCCCAGGACAAAUCAGACCAUGGUGACAGAGUUCAUUCUCCUGGGACUGACUGACCGUCCAGAGUUGCAGCCUGUCCUCUUUGUAAUAUUUUUAGUCAUCUACCUCAUCACUGUAGUGGGGAAUGUGGGAAUGAUUGCAUUGAUCAGGAUUGACUCCAAACUUCAUACUCCCAUGUACUUUUUCCUCAGUCACUUGUCUUUUGUGGAUCUUUGUUAUUCCACCAAUGUCACACCUCAAAUGCUGGUCAAUUUUUUAUCUGAAAGAAAAACCAUUUCCUUUGUUGGAUGCUUCAUUCAGUUCCAUUUUUUCAUUUCCUUAGUGAUCACUGAUUAUUACAUGCUCACUGUUAUGGCCUAUGAUCGUUAUGUGGCCAUCUGUAAUCCACUUCUCUAUAGUAGCAAAAUGUCUAAGAACAUCUGCAUCUCUCUGGUCACAGCACCCUAUGUUUAUGGCUUUGCUAAUGGUCUGAUACAAACCAUCCUGAUGCUUCAUCUAUCCUUCUGUGGCCCUAAUGAGAUUGACCACUUCUACUGUGCUGACCCACCUCUCAUGGUCCUAGCCUGCUCAGAAAAAUAAACUGUCAUGUUUGUAGUUGCUGGUUCCAACCUCACCUGUUCUCUCACAAUCAUUCUCAUUACUUACAUGUUUAUUGUAAUAUCCAUCCUACAUAUGCAUUCAACUGAAGGUAGACAGAAAGCUUUCUCUUCCUGUGGCUCUGAUCUGAUA